ACGACACCCCGAGAGAGGCGAGAGAGAAACGGGGGGAGGAGAAAGUACAGAGUGAGUGGAAGAAGAAGAAAAAAAGUCGGCAAAAACAGAGAACCAGAAAAAAGGGGAUUCACUCUCUCACUCGGCGACUGGGUGUUGUGAUUCCAGGAAAGAACUGGAAUAGGGAUUACACGCAACUGCACAGUACAAACUGGUAAAACAACAACACAAUUCACAGUAUCCCAGUCGUCCAUUGGGACCACUAGCCCGUGUAUUUCUCUGCAAGUUCGGCUUUACGGAGUGACUGUGCCCUCGACCAGGGCCACGUUCAGCGUUCUCGAGAUUUUCAGAAAACUACAACAGCAACAUAAACUCUGGGGAACCGUAGGGGGCCUGGGAAGUGUGAGUGUGGAGGGGGAAUCUGAACCAGCCAGUAAAACGGAAGCGAACCAGCGCAAGAGGGGGACAGAAAGAAAAGUUUCAGUUUUGCGGCUGAUACGCUAGGAGGAAGCGAGAGGAGGAGGGAGGCCGACUUUCACCUCCCGAAACAACUGACCCACCUACAUUCAUCAUGAAAACCCCGGGAGAGACGGGGUUCGCCUUCCCGGAAUGGGCCUACAAGCCCGAGUCGAGCCCCGGCUCGCGGCAGAUCCAGCUGUGGCACUUCAUCCUGGAGCUCCUGCGGAAGGAGGAGUACCACGACGUCAUCGCCUGGCAGGGCGACUACGGCGAGUUCGUCAUCAAGGACCCCGACGAGGUGGCGCGGCUGUGGGGCGCCCGCAAGUGCAAGCCCCAGAUGAACUACGACAAGCUGAGCCGCGCCCUCAGGUAUUACUAUAACAAGAGGAUCCUACACAAGACUAAAGGGAAGCGAUUCACCUACAAGUUCAACUUCAAUAAGCUAGUGCUGGUGAACUACCCCUUCAUUGACAUGGGGUCAGCAGGCAGUGGAGUCCCUCAGAGCGCCCCGCCGGUGCCCACGGGCGCGGGGACGCACUUCCGCUUCCCUCCGUCCACGCCGUCGGACGUGGUGUCUCCGAGCGACGACCUGCGCAGCCCGGGCGUGUUCAGCGCUGCGGCCGGCCGCACGGCGCGCAACUCCAUCAGCGACUGCAGCGACGGCACCUCCGUCAACUCCGAGAUGGAGGAGGGCGGGGCGGACGACCGGGGCGCGGCCGCCUUCCGGGGCGUCCUGCACCCCCGCCUGUCCCACGACUCGCUCUUCCGCAUGUACGGGGGCCCGCCCCACCCGCGGGGGCCCCCGGCCCACAGGGUGCACCCCGACCCCCUGUCCCCCUUCCCCAUCUCGCCGCUCCCCGGCUCCGGGGCGGCGGGGCUGCUGGCGCCCCCCCUCUCCCCGGCCCUGUCCAUGACGCCCUCCUCCCACCUGCCCUACACGCCCUCCCCCUCCCUCUCCCCCAUGCUGGGCUCGCACUUCUCCUUCAACCCCGAGGACAUGAAGCGCUACCUGCAGGCGCACACCCAGAGCGUGUACAACUACCACCUGAGCCCGCGCGCCUUCCUGCACUACCCCAACAUCAUCGUGCCCCAGCCGCAGCGCCUGGACAAGGGCCCCGCCCACCACGCGGCGCUGUCGCACGCGCACGCGCACGCCCACGCCCACGCCCACCCGCACGCCCUGCACAGCCCCCUGCACGCCGCCGACGACCCCCACCUCUCGCCCUUCAAGUUCAAGCUGCAGCCCCCGCCCCUGGGCCGCAAGCAGCAGAGGGAGGGCCAGGGCCGGCCGGGCCCCAGCGGCUGCGGGUCGGGCCCCCCGCCGUCCCCCUACUCUUUCGGGGGCGAGCUCGGCUCCGCCGGGGGCUCCGGGCUGAUGUCCAACUCCUCCGCCUCCCACAACUGCCACGGCACGCUGCCCAAGAUAAAGGUGGAGCCCAUCUCUGACAUGGAGUCGGAGGAGGAGGAGGAGGAGGAGGUGGAGGUGACGGACAUCAGCGAGGAGGAGGAGCUGGAGGACGGGUUCGGGCCCUUCCCCCCGCACCUGCGGCGGGAGCGGCGGUCCAACGGCGCGCCGGCGGACGACGAGCUGGACGAGGACGUGUUCAAGACCCCCGCCGCCCCCCCGCCCGCCCUGCCGCCCCUGCCGGGGCAGCCCGCCGAGGCCCGCCGGCCCCUGGCCCUGAAGAGCGAGCCGGGGGAGCCGGGGGACGCGCCCGCGGGGGCCGCGCCCGGGGCCUCCCAGUGCAUCCCGCUCAAGCUGCGCUUCAAGCGGCGCUGGAGCGAGGACCAGCGCAUGGAGGCCGGCGCCGACGAGGCCGACGACAAGAAGGUGCGCGCCCACCAGGGGGAGGGGCCGGGGGAGGAGACCAACGGAGAGAGGGAGGAGAGCAGGGCCCCGGCCCAGCGCAGGAAUGGGACGGCCUGCUCCUCCACCGCUGUGGCUGAAGAGGGAGCCGGUCCAAGUGAGGAAAGGGGGCCGCAGAAGAAAUGGCGGGAUUAGCAGGUCCCCGGUCCCCGGACCCUGCUCGGCAUCCUGCACCCCUUCACCGCUCUCCGAAAGACCCCGACCUCCCUCCCUCCCUCCGUAAAACGGGGGGGGGUUUAUACUGAUGUAUUUUUAGACUUUUAAACACAGGAUUUUAAGUGCCUGUUCUUGUACACAUGCACUAGCACACCACACAGAGGAGACGGAGGGGAUUAUGGGAACAGCUCCUCCACAGGUGGGGAACGUUGGGAUGGCGACGACCUUUUUUUUGUGGCUUUGCUUGCGUCCGCUCAAAUGUCGGUGACUUUCUGAUUGGCUGACUUUGAUUCCAUGAACAAGCUGGAAUUGGGGGGUGGAGGUUGGACUGGAAAGCCCCGCCCCUUCCCACACACAGGCGAGCAUUCGGACCCAUGAGAGCAUUCGGGGCGAGGCCAGCGACCUGACACGGCUGCUUCGCAUCUUGGCUCCUCCCGCCCGUCUCCGCCCUCCGCCCCCUGUCCGUCAGCGGUGAUUUUGGGAGUGUGGACGAGCUCCAGCCGGGACCUCGGGUUGGGCUGGGGUCGCCGUGCACCUCGCACACAGACACAGUGCAGUUGUGUUUACUUCUUCUGCAGUCCGACUCCCAGAGGGUCCAUGUUGUCAAUCUUAUCAUGUAGGUUUGCCCCUCACUGCCCCUCACACCUUUCCUCCCCACCUCCCCGCCAAAACCGAGUGAAAUGCGGGACAGGUGCGUGUCCUGGGCAGAUGCCCUGGGACAUCUCGCCCUUUUCAUAGUCGCUCGGUGAACGGCAGAUUGAAUCUCUCCGAUAUCUGCUCUGUAAGAAAUGGCACCCAAUCAUUGAAGCUGCAUGAGCACUGACCUAAAACUCAGGCCUCCCACCAAACCCCCCCGCCUUUAUUCCGAGGUUUUUACUCGAGUUUCACGCGGCCGUCACUUUCUCAGCUCUUUUGUAAAGAAACCUGUGUUAUGGAAGAACGUAACGUUUUUUUAAAACCGGUUUGAGUCACGCGCAGGAAAGGGGGGCUGUUAAGGUUUUCAGGUGAAGUCACGACAUACGUGGUUUUCGUUUAUUGCGCCUGAAAUCCCAAUCGGAGUCAGGAAGGUGGGAGAGCGAGCGGUUAGAGUGGAGAUGGACACACAGACAGGAAAUGAGCGCGGGAGGGGAGAGAACGGACAGUACGUGUCCCGUCUUCUGUAACUGACCGUUGCAGUGCCUGCCCCCCCUCAGGAGUUUACACACAGGGACACACACGCACACACCACGAUGCCCUUAGCUCUGUGUCUCUCGCGGUGGAUCCGGCACAUGAUGUGCCUCUCUCUCCCAGUCCCACGGGAGAAGUGGGGGCGCUGCGUGCUAACGAGACCGCAGACACAUCUAGACCUCACACACUGCCUCUUUGCCUUGUUUUAUAGCAUGUAAAAAAGAAAAACUCAAAGUUAAAUGCAGAUCUCGAUGUAAACUAUACCCAUGUUAAAACAUGCAGUAUAAAGACACAUACUAGCGUGUGCUAAAUAUGAAUAUUGUAAAUGUUGCGGGGGUUUUUUUCAAUGGCGUUUAAUAAGAUCCAGCAAGUGGUUUUAAUUGUGUAAAAUAUUUAGAGGGUAAUUUAGUACCAAGGGUCAGUGGGGGAGAGAGUGGGGUUUUUUUUUUUUUUAAAGAGAAACCCAGAGAAAAAGGAAAACUUUUAAAAUCAUGAUACCGGGGAAAGAAUUCUUCAGACAUUGGCGGUAUGGGCGCAGGUGGCCAGGACCGUGUCUCAGUCCAGUCUAAUGUCCCAGCAUGCCCUCUGUCUAGCUGACCGCCUCAUUGGUCCGUGCUGCGCAGGGGGAAAGACAAGAGCUCACUCCAUUUAGCACCUCCAGCUGGCUUCGGCUCUCAGACAGACAUGUGGCAUUUCCACAUCACAGGGACCCCAGCGCCGUCGGGGCGGAAACCGAGCAGGGGGUCGACUAAAACGGAACGGUUUCUCCGUCCGGCUGCAAACCCGGCGAAUAUGGCUGUUAGCGAGACGGAACCUUCCGCACGGAGCGCCGGUGGUGCGGAUCGUUCUGGAAGCUCUCGUCCCCGUUCCCCCCCCGGGGGCGGCUGACCUCAUGAUUGCAGACGAGCGCAGAGGCUGGAGGAACACAAAGGAGCGCGCAGAUGCAUUAGCGACAGGCGGCGCUUCCUUGGCUUCGGGGAACGGUGGUUUGUCUGGAAAAGGCUGUCCCCGGGCGGACCGUGGCCUGAGCCAAAAGUGUUCUGAGCGCCGAGCCUGACCGCCCGUGUCUGCAUUUAUACACACAACUGACAGCUGCCUUACCCAUUUUAACUUCUCUAUCCAAAACGCACUGCCCAUCUCUUCUGAGUUACUCUCACAGGCCUUGCCCUAGUCCCAGCCCCUUCAGAUAGAGCCGAUUUCAGUUGCGUGACAGAAGGAGAAUGGGACAGCGGUGCAGGAAAUGUACAAGGAUCACAUUUAUUUUUCAGAUUAGGUUCCCCCACCACAUUUACUUUUUUUCUUUUUAAUAUGUCAAUAUUGCUGUUCAUUGUUGUUAUUAUAUAAUAAUUAUCAUUAUUCUUGAAUUAUUUACCUUUCCCCAUCCCACCGAUAUCACGUAGUUGAGUUCCCCAGCACCCCUCCCCUGUACAUUGUUUUGGUUUCGUUUUUUUCAGCCGUGCCGUCUCCCUGGUUUCCCGCUCUUCAAGCCCUGCUUCGCGUUGUACGCUUACAGAAAUGUAACUGCGCUUUUGACGUUUAUUUUAAUACGAGGCUGAGCGCAGGGGCUGAUGGGGAAUGGAGUGCAGUAGGGGGAGUUCAUCUGUGGGUAAGGGGUGUAUGCGAUCUUGUCACAUAUUGUCAUUUUUUUAUUUCAUAAAUGCUCUCUUUUGGUUCCUGUAUAUUUUUCAUUUUUGGGGGAUGUCAUUUAAAGGAAAAAAAAAAAAAAAAAAAAAGUCUUGUAUUUUACUAUGUAAAGGUGUCUGUCUCUCCCUCUGUGGUUAUGUAACACUCAGAUGGACAGAUGAGUUUUAAUACCAUGAUAUAACAUUGAACUUCUCUUCUACGAUUCUCUUUGUUUUUUCCAACUUGUAAUUAAGCUGUAAUCAGGGUUAAUUAAAAUUGGUUAAAAACCAA